AUGUCAACUGCAAACUAUGCACAUUUAACACAAAUUGAACACGAUAUAGAAAUGAUCACCAAAGCGUUACCCAAAGUCGAUUCAAUGUCAACAGAACUUCCUCAUUUUCAAGCCGGCGAAUUAGAACUGGCGCCAACACUUAACCAUACACAGAGUGCUCUGAAUCGCACUAUAAACCUUAUAAAUCAUCAUCGAAUCACUGUUGAACACCUAGUUGAAUCUCAUUUUUUACACACUGCUAUUACGGACAUUCUCGCGAACAGGCUUAAUCUCAACUUCAUACAUCAUCGUGACUUGAACAAAGUGGCAAAACAUAUUGCAACUGCAACUAAUGUUAACUUCACUGCUGAAAACUUGGGGCCAGCAUUAAUUGAAUUCCUUAGCCACCUCUUAAUUCAACAAACAAUUCACUUUGUACCAAAAACACCAUCGAACCAAACGGAAUCGACUCUCGGAACACUUUCAAUAUCUUCUUUCUUUGCCGAUACCAAAUAUUUUCUGUACCUUUUUACUGCACAAAAGAUUAAUACACCUCAACCCAUUCAAAGCACGGGCCGAACACUGCUUUCAGUUACAUUAAUCACAAUUCCACCAAAAUCAACCCUUCUAUGCGAUCAAUUUAAUAUACCCGCUUCCCUCGAGGCUUCUAAUUCACUGGUCACUUUAUGGGACUUUUCAUUGACUAAUCAUACGUAUGGAGAAAAGUUCGAUCUAACACCGUAUUUGCAAAAUGAUACCCGAUGGUCGAAAAUGCCUUUUAUACCAAAUGAAUUACAAGAAAUUCUGCUUUUAAAUAAUACUGAUCCUACAACUUGGGACGAAUUCGUCAAGCGUUUUUUAGCACAACAAGAACAUGAAUGGGAUGAAUGUAAACAACAUGAAAAUGAAACAAUAAAUGAGUUCAUUGUUCGUCUCCGUUCAUUACGGCUCGAACAAAAGCCUGACCAAGACGACGACAACUUUAUAAAACAUUUGUUCUGGAAAAUGCGAACCGAUAUGUUAACAUUAAUGAGUGCGAAUCGCUCAUCAACGUUGACAGAAAUAAUUAAAGAAGCUCAAAAAGUCGAAGAAAUAUUAUAUUUAAGAAACAAAGAAGCUCGCAUGAGUUGCCUAAUUCGACUUAUAUUAUAA